GGCCGAUUGCUGUGUUAGCGGUGACGCGAUCCACGACUGAAUGCAAACGAAUUCAGUGUUACCGCGACGAACGAAACGGGCCGAGCCGGAUAUAUCGUAAAUCGUAGACGAAAUAGGCCACCAUCCGUCUGCGUUAUCAUGCCGCAGGAGAACGAGAAGUCGAGCGACAGUGUUGCCCAGACGACCCUGAAGGAUCACCAAGGUGAUAUCGAGGCAGGAUCGGAAGAUCGGCGGAACCUCGACAAGCAGCAGGCUGAUGUUGCCGAUGCUAAGGAAGAGGAGGAGAAUCUAAAGUUUCGCGAGGGUUCCAACAACAUGCCGGAGCUCAAGGACGAUGACGGAGUGCAGGACGAGCAGGUCAGCUUGGAUCUGAGUGAACCCCCGCCGGAAAUUAUGGAAUACGCCAGAAGAGAGCUCGGGGAGACCGAAGAAGUCAAGUGCCAGACGCUUCAGGAGUUUCGCGACAUGAUUUAUGAGAGGGGCGAAUGUCUGCCACAUAGGAUGGACGACGAUUUUCUCAUCAGAUUCCUUCGCGCCAGGAAUUUCAAUCUGAAGAGAGCGCACAGACUGAUAAUGAAUUACUACAACUUCAAAGAGGAACACCCGGAGAUACAUCAGCAAAUGAACAUGAAGGAGAUGAAGUACAUAGGCGACGACGACGUCAUCACGGUGCCGCCCUACAGGACCCAGUGCAGCAGACGCAUGAUUAUCUAUCGCAUGGGCAACUGGAACCCGGGCAAAUACCCCAUCGAGGACGUUUUCAAGGCUACAGUCAUCGUGCUCGAACUGGGCGUCCUCGAGCCCAUCGCGCAAAUUAUGGGUGGUAUUGUAAUUUUCGAUCUGAAGGACAUCACUAUGGCGCACGCAUGGACCGUCACGCCUCAGGUGGCGAGCAUGAUGCUGUCUCUGAUGGUGACCUCGUUCCCCAUGAAGGCGCACGCGAUACAUAUUCUGCACCAGUCGUGGAUCUUCGACGCGAUCUUCGCGGUCUUCAAGCCGCUGCUCGACACCAACAUGCGUAACAGGAUAUACUUCCACGGGAACAAUUACGAGAGCCUGCACCAGCACAUCUCGCCCGAGUACCUGCCCAAGAAGUACGGCGGCACGAGGGACGAGAUUCCCUAUUACAAAUGGAUCGAAUCCUUGGUUAAAGAUCCGAAAAUCGUCGAAGAGAUGAACAAGGUGGGCUACGUCAACGCGAACGAGGUCCUCGAGUGCUUCAAUAUCAAGUGACCGAGACUCCAGGGUCGUUCUCGUAAGAUUUCACAAGAAAUUACCGCGAAAAAACGCGCAGUCAUUAUGCAGAAACGCGAGAUACUGAUCAUCCGACGUGACGACGAAGGACGCGUAUAAUCGUCUCUCGCAAUUCCGUAUAAUCUUCCGCACGCCAUCACGGCAACUAUUGUAACCCGUAUAUUUAUAUUACCAUUGUCGUUUGCGUUUAUAUUAUAUUAUGUUCAUGUAUUAGCGAGUAACGGACGUUUAUAAAAUAACGCUGUCACGAACGCCUACGAAAGUGCUAUCAAUAAAUGAAGAAACGAUACA